UGUGUUCCUAUAGUUACGCAUAGCUUCGUGUGUCAUCACCAUUAUUCUUAUACAGAAGAUUGUGUUAAAAAUAUGAAAUGGCAGACCAAAACUCUAACAGUUCUAACAAACAGGAUUUUGUGUUGCAUAUUCUCGUUACGUUUACUGAUGGUACCUUUGGAAUUUUGACAGGCAAAUCAUUCUUUAAAACCAAGUUUCCACAAAAAUCAGACAUUGAAGACUGGGUGGUUCUGCUUAAAUCUUGGUUGAAUUCAAAAAAAGCCGUAGCCGUACGGUGGCCUGCUGGUGUUGACGUUUCCACUUCUUGGAAUUUGUUGGACUAUGAAGGACCAGCAGAUUGUAAUAAGAGCAAACAAAGUCUUCACAAUGGUAGUAUUCUGAAGUCUGGGACAAUCAUGUUCUAUUCAGAAAGUAUAGAUGAGAUCAGGAAAGAACGGGACAAGCUAAUCUUGCAAGGAAAUGAAAGCAAAUAUCUGAAAACCACAGAUGGAAAACAGAAGUUUGAAUAUCCAACCAAGUAUCCACCAAACUACGUGACACCAGAAAAAAAAGUGAACAAGAAAAAACAGCUAAACUUGGAAAAAACUUGUGGGAAGGCUGUUGGAAGUACACGUAAUGCAAAGAAGAGAAUUACUAUCAAUGAAAUGGAUCUAGAAAUUUACUACAACCAGCUCGCCUCAAAAGAGUUACAAAUUCUGGAGCUGAACGAAAAGAUUGCGGAAUUGGAAAAUGAACAGGCAAUGGUGCUUAUCAAAGAGAUAAAAGAUGUUCUGGCCGAAAUGAAUACAUUAGUUCACAAUAUUCGUGCCCAUCCAAUUCAAGGAAAGCACCUUCGUCUUCAGGAUUCAUCAGCAUCAGCUGGAAAUAAUGCGUUGACUUCAGCAAAGUCUAACACUGCUGGCCUUCAUACUGGCACUCGCAUGAAAAAACUAUGGGGAGAUGUGAUGGUCAGCGAAUCUUGUAUCCGAAAAAUCGCUAUUGCUCUGAAAACCGAUCAAAAGACUGAUACGUGUCGUAACCGUAUUGCAGCCCUGAUUCUCGAUGACCUAUACACCAUCGAAGAAUUGGCUAACAUGUCAUUAUCUGGACGGAAGUGUCCAGGGCAAGACCGGGUGGCGAAACCAAAAUUACCACCGGAAAUUAUCUCAGCAAUUCACAGCUACAUGCAAAAAAUAUGGGAUGAGACUUUUACUACCAGGGAUGAAAAAAACAACGUAAAAUGUGUGGCCCUCUUAUCAGAAAAAAAUAUCAAUGUGGCGAUUGGUGCAAGAUUGAUUGGCUGCCAUAAUUUAAUGAAAAAGAGCUUCAAAAAAACGAAUAAUCAGCAAUCGAAUACGGCUUCUGAAGGGAUGAGUCCCGAUUCUGACCAGGAGCAAGAGAUGAAUCUUGAUUAAAUUUACCUUCGUGUAAAUCGCUUUAAUUUUACGCGUCGCGCUAAGAUCCAGAUGGUUUUCACUGUUGUUAUUCUGUUUUGUAUCUUGCAAUACAAAAAUUUAUUA